AAAAGGAAGGAAACCUAAAAAAAAGAAAAGAAAGCAAGAAAAAAAACUAGACGAACGAAAAGAAAAAAAUAAUACAAGAAAAUAGAAAGAAUAAAAGAACGAAAAGAAAGAAAAGCAAAACAAGAGAAUAAAAUGUGAGGCGUUGCAUAAUCUGAGAAAAAUUAGGUAAUAAACAAAUUAGAGUAAUUUUGUGGCAAGAGAAAAGAGAGAGAAAUAGAAGAUAAUAGAAAAAGAGAAGCAAAAAGAGAGAAAAUGUAGCAGAAAAAGAGAAAGAGAGGAAUUAAACACGUGGAGAAAGAUAAAAAAAAAAAAGAAGAGAGUUAAUACACAGAAAAAUAGAAAGAGAGAGAGAGGAGAUAACAGAAAAAGACAGAAAAAGAUACACUAACAAACAGAGAGGGGGAGAAAUUAGUACGUGGGAAAGAUAAAGGAAAAACAAGAAUAUAUGAAAAAAGAAAUAAAGAUGAAUUAACAGAAAAAAAAAGAGGAAGACGAGGAGAGAAAAAAAGACAACAGGAGAGAAGAAAAGUUAAAAAAAAAUAAGGAAAUGAGAUAAGAUAGAAAACGUAAGAUAGAAAACGAAAAAAAUAAAUAAAUAAAAGUAUAUAAUAGAAAUGAGCAAGUAAAAACGUAAAAAUAUUCAAGAAGGAUAAUGAAAGAAAAUAAUAAUAUACAGAAGAGAAUAAAAUAGAAAAGAAAUAUAUAAAAAGACGACUUUAAGAGAAGAAUUAUGGGAAAAAAAAUCCAUAGACUCAAUGAAAGCGAACAAAUGAGCAUCGUCUUCCAAAACUGAAACUAACUUCUUCCUGAAUCUAUACGUAUAAAUGAAAUAAUAUUAAUAAAACUAAUAAACAAGUGACAGUCGAAGGUAAGGACAGAAAUGAAGGGAAAUAAUAAUAAUAAUAAUAAUAAUAAUAAUAAUAAUAAUAAUAAUAAUAAUAAUAAUAAUAAUAAUAAUAAUAAUGAUGAUGAUGCAAAAAUAAUGAUAGUAAUAAUGAAGGUGAUUGAAUUACGUAAAAUAUAAAAGAAGAGAAAAUAUAUUACACACGAAAGCAAAAAGACGAAAAAAUACAAGAAAAAAAGACAUAAAAUAAUAAUAAUAAUAAUAAUGAAAUGAUAAUGAAAGUGAUUGAGUUUCGUUAAAAAAAAAAUACACAACAAAAAUACACACAAAAAAGACAUAAGAAUAAAAAAAAACAGCAAUAACAAUGACAAUAAUGAAAGCAAUCCAACGCCAUUAUCAAUAACAAAAAAAAAAAUAAAUAAAUAAAACCUCCAGGAAACACACAAACACACAAACACACACACAGAAACACUAACCACACAAGACGAAAACAAGAACAAUGAACGUGACGGAAGUUCAAAUUUCCCACAAGACUUUAAAAUUCACUAUAUCCUUGAAAUUAAACAAAAAAUGAAACGCAAAUACAUGAUGGUACCUAGAGAUCUUUAGCAUUUGAGACCUUCGAAAACAAAUGACUGUCAGUAAUCAACGUACUUAAGACUGUGUGUGUGUGUGUGUGUGUACGUAAGGGCGUCAGUGUGUACGUAAAUGUAUGAAUGCAAAUAGAGAAAUAAAAAAUACAUGUGAUAGACUGUAUAUACAAAGUCCCAUAUACAUAAUAAGCUUAUCCUAGGAGUCUAUAUUAAAGAGAAUAAAUGUGCAUAUAUAUAUUUUGAUGUUACGUGUAUAAGAACAUAGAUAUAUAUAUAUUUAAAAAAAAAAAAAAGAUGGCUGUAGUAGUGAGAUAUUUGCAUGUAUAGAGGAAGUUAAAUAUUUGUGGAUAUAAAACGCUAAAUAAAACAAGCAGUGGUGUGGAGUCAUAUAUAUAUAGGUUGUAAAAUAGAUGACUGUAUAAACCAACUACCUCGCAAAAUCAAAAUAAAAAUAAAUAAAUAAAUAAAAAGAUACGUAACACAAAAUCUUAACGAAAACAAAACUUGAAUGAAACUUGAAAAAAAUAAAUAAAUAAAUAAACUAAGCGAAAAGAAAGAGACUGGAAAAUAAAGAGAUGAAAAUAAUGUGAAAGGAAAUGACAAACAAAUAAAUAAAAGAAAAGAGAAACUCAACAAGGAGAAAACAAACAGAAAUUUAACGAAGAGAAAACUUGAAUUAAACUUGAUAAAACUUAACUGAAAGAAAAAAAGAUUGGAAAACUAAAGAAAUAAAGAAUUAAUACGAAAGGAAAUAAUACAGAGAUAAAUGAAAGAAAGGAGGAAAGAAACUAAACAAAGAAAAAAACAAAUAAAACUUAAAAAAAGAAAUUUGAGAAACUGAAAAAAAAUAAACAUAAAAAAUACUAAAGAAACUGAUACAGAAAUAAAAAAAAAUAAAUAAAAACUGCUAAACUGAUAAAUGAAAAACUAAGUGACGACAAAACUGAACGAAACAAAAAGAAAUAAGUAAAUAAAUAAAUAAACAGAAGAAAAGAAUUUUAAAAAAGUAAAUAGAGAAAAGAAAUAAAAAUAAAAUGAAAAUACAAAAGGAAACUAAAAAGUGAAAUUAAGAAACAGAAAAACUGUGAAAUAUAUAGGAAAAAAAAGCCAAAAAGAACCGAAAAUAAAGAAAAUACAACAAUAAUACACACACACACACACACACACACACAAAUAACAAGAAAACAACAAAACAUAUAAGGAAAAGAACCAGAGAGAGAGAGAGAGAGAGAGAGAGAGAGAGAGAGAGAGAGAGAGAGAGAGAGAGAGAGAGAGAGAGAAAGAGAGAAAGAGAGAAAGAGAGACUCAAAAGCCACCCACAUACCUAACCCCACACACACAUACACACACACGCACACACUCACUCAAAGGACUCCAGCCGCCCCGCAAAGAGACGAGUGGACCUGGGGAAGUCAUAGAGAGUUCUGCAGGAUUAUUCCACGCCCUGAGGAAUCCUAACAAGUCCCUGGGGAGCUAAUUGGCUGUUCCUGGUUGUUACGUGUGUCCUACUUCCCUCCCGCCCCGCCCAGCCCCGCCCGCCCCACAUCGCCCCGCAACAGAUUGUCUAACAAACUGUACUGGAGUCUGUAGAAGAGAGAAGAGGAGGAGACAGAGGAGGAGGAGAAAGACGAAGAAGAGGAAGUAGAAGGACAAGAAGAAGGAGGAGGAGGAGGGGUUGGGAGGGAGGAGGAAUGGCAUCAGGGGCGGCAGGAGGGCGGAGGAAGACGACGAGGAAGGAGGAGGAGGAGAAGAGAGAAGAGAAGAGGUAGUGGUGGUGGUGGUGUUGAAGAGUCGAGAUCAUGAUGUUUGUGUUAGCCUUGGGUCUUGUGCUAACUGUGGCUCUUCUACUUGCCUUUCUCUUCAACGGCUUCAUCUUUUUCAUCAUCCUCACGAGCAAGCAGUACAAAAACAGCACGAGUCUCCUCCACCUUCAGCUGAUGGGGGCCGGGGUGCUGCUGUCCCUCCUCUUCGUCAUCUUUUCAACGCCCUCCAUCAUUCAGGGUCGAUGGCUGCUAAAGGGGUCGCUGUGGCCGGGCGGGGACUCGCCGAGGGGCCCUGCGCACCUGGACGGCAACGACUCCACGUCUUCCGCGGCGCUGUCCUCGCCCGCCCUGGAGGAGGCGAGCGCCUGCGAGUCCCCGCCGGCCGCCGCGCAGCAGAGCGACGUGGUGUGCCGCCUGUACGGCUUCCUGCUGGUGACGCUGCACACGGUGGCGGUGUGGGUGGUGGUGGGGCUGCACUGCGACAAGUACUGUGCCAUCGCCACGCCGCUGCGCUACAACCAGCUGGUCACGCGGCCCAGGGUGGCCAUCUGCUCCGCCCUGGCCUGGAUACUGGGCGUCGGCCUGGCCGUGCCGCCCCUCGCCACGCCCUACGGCUACACCUACACCCAGGGCGUGUGUCUGCCCGCCUGGUUCCUCCCCGAGGCCGCCGCCUACACGUGGACGCUGACGGCGUGCUGCAUCGUGCUGCCGUUCAUCAUCAUCCUCAUCGUGAACACGCGCAUCGUGCUCAUCGCACGCCACCACCAGCACCGCAUCUUCUCCGCCAUCUUCGAGGUGAUGAUGUCGGCGCAGGCCACCGUCACGCACCAGAAGAACCCUUUCGACAUCCCCAAAAAGAAGCGCAAGUCGGUGUGGACAGUAUUAGAGCAGAUUGCGGCCUUCGUGGCCUGCUACUGCCCCUUCUUCUGCACCGUGGCGUGGGAGUCGCUGCACGGCCGCUGCGCCAACCAGUACUGGGUGCUGCUGGGCACGGCGCCCUUGCUGGCCACGCCGCUCGUCAACUCCUUCAUUUACGGCUUCAAGUGUAAGAACAUCCGCAAGGCGUUCAGGAACUACCUCAGGAAGAAGCUCUACAAGACGGAGAUGAAGCACGAGAUCCAGGCGCGCAUCCCCUCCGCCAGCAACUCGCGGCGCCCCUCCAUCUCCUCCACGCUGGCCAUGCCCAUCCUGCACCGCUCCCUGCAGCGCCGCAUGUCAGACUACCUGCUGCAGGACGCCGCCGCCGCGCCGCAGCCCAAGCUGGUGCGCCGCUCCUCAGACCUGUCCUGGCACCCGCUGGAGGACGGCACGCCCUCGCCCACCCGCCUGCGCCGCCCCAUGGACACUGCCAAGCUGCAGUUCGCCGCCGCCGCCUCCUCCGAGGGCUCACGCUCCCCUGCCAGCAUGUCCAACUUCCUGACGGUGCCCACCUUCGAGGCGGCGCGCUCCUACUGCCUGGGGCAGCAGCGCGUGCGUCUAUCCCUGUCCUCGCUGGACUCCGAGACCAGCAUCGCCCUACAAGACGAGGACUUCCCCGGCCAGGCCUCGCUGCUGCAGCCAGACCCGGAGCUCGGUAUGCCCAAAUCCCGCUCGCUGGAGCUGCCGCUGGCCAACCAAAGGGCGCCGCCUGCCAGCGAGAAGGUGGCGCCGGACUGCCAGACGCCGCUGCUGUUCAAGGCCUUCGAGAAGCCUGCCCGCAGCGCCAGCCUCAACUCCUCCUCGCCGCACGUCCUGCGCACGCUGGAGGCGAUCCUGUCUGUGCGCAUCUCCCAGUCACUGCUGCGGCGCGGCUCGGGCUGGGGCGGCUCCCAGGGCAGCCUGGAGCGGCUCUCCGCCUUCCUGCGGGAAAGCCGCCGCCCCGCUAGCAACUGCUCCCCCUCCUCUCUGCGCCGCCAGCAGGCCGUGGAGGACACAGACCUCAGCGUGCUUACCACCUUCAUCACGCCGCUGGCCAACGGCAACGCCUGCGUGGCGCCCUGCGACCAGGAGUCCCGGGAGACGCCCCUGCUGGUGCCCUGAGGAGGCGCCCGCCGCCCUGCUAGUGUAGCGUGUGUAGCCUCACCUACCCUCACACUACUGACUGUGAAAUAUAUGGAUUAUGGUGGUACUGACCAGCUGUUUGCUUCAUCCUCGCUCACUCACUCUCUCUCUCUCAAACACACACACACACACACACACACACAGCCCCGGCAGGUGACGAGCAGGUGGCAGCAAUGAAAGGAACCAAAAGAAUAACCAGUAUUUUUUUAGGCCAGUCCCCUCCCUCCAUUGCUCCAUCUCUACCUCCCUCGCUGGGAGCCUCCCUCCCAACACUGGACUGGCAAGCACGGGAACAGAAUCUCAUUACAGGAACACACGAUACGACGCAACAGAGAGAGGCGCAGAACACUGAUGCUGAAUCACAACAACAAAAACAACAGGCAGUUUGAUUGAUUACAAAACCCGAUUCAAAAGUCAAUACUAAAGAAAACGGAAAUGAGUUAUCGGAGGAAGACGCUGAAUCGAAGUGAAAAGAAUCCUAAUUAGUUUCAGAUGACUUUUCCAUUCACUUAUUAUGGACCUUGCGAGAACACGAGGCGCGGACGCUCACCUCACUCAUCUUUCUUCCUUAUUUUUCAUUCCAUAAU